AUGUUCCUGGCUGCCCUCCUCGUGGAGUCCCUGAGGUUCCUGGUUCAGCGGUUCCAGGUGCUCACGUUCCUGGUGCUACUGGGUUCGGCUUCAUGGCGCCAGAUGUUCAUGGUCGGGGUCUAUCCCCGCUACGUGCUUCUCCGCCAUGCCUGGCCGGAGCUAUUCGUCACCUUCUUGGGCCUGCAACCCCGACUCCUGCUUCAUCUCGUGGUCCAAGUUCUUCAGUAUUUGGACCUGGGUACUGCAUCUCUCUGCCAGACUCCAGUUCGAGCGACAGAUCAGCAGGGCCCCCCUCUGUGGACUCCGAGGCUGGAGUUACGCCUCCAGUGCAUGAGUCCCCAAUUGACUCAGCCCGUGAUUGUGUUUCGGGUGCUGGUCCUGAGCCCAAAGGUUCAGCUACGCCUAAUACAAUUGCCACGUCCUCCGCGGAUGCUGUUUUUGGUGCGCCAUCAUGCUCAUCGCCACCACACCUGA